CUUCUCCAGCCCGUCUACAUAUACAUAUAUAGAAAAUGUCCCAACCACAAUUGUUGCAAAUUAAAUUGUCACGUUUCGAUGCCCAACCCUGGGGCUUUCGUCUGCAGGGCGGUGUGGACUUUGCCCAACCGCUGUUAGUGCAAAAGGUCAAUGCUGGCAGUUUGUCCGAACAGGCUGGCCUUUUGCCCGGCGAUGCGGUCAUCAAGAUCAACGAAGUUGAUGUCUUCAAUUUCCGGCACAAGGAUGCCCAGGAUAUUGUGGUGCGGUCGGGUAAUAACUUUGUCAUCACAGUGCAGCGAGGUGGCUCCACCUGGCGUCCACAUGUGACACCCACCGGCAAUGUGCCACAACCCAAUUCACCAUAUUUGCAGACAGUGACGAAGACUUCUCUGGCUCACCAACAACAGGAUAGCCAACACAUUGGCUGUGGCUAUAACAACUCGGCUCGUCCAUUUGCCAAUGGCGGCGGCGAUGGCGGCGUGAAGAGCAUUGUCAAUAAACAAUACAACACCCCGGUUGGCAUUUACAGCGAUGAAUCCAUUGCGGAAACACUUUCCGCCCAGGCGGAGGUUUUGGCUGGCGGUGUGCUUGGGGUCAAUUUCAAGAAAAACGAAAAGGAAUACCAGGCCGAUCGUUCUGAGGUGUUGAAGUUCCUGCGUGAGGAGGAGACUGGCCAGUCCACUCCAGAGCCGCACAGUCCGGCGAACUUUUAUUGGACACAAAGUCAUGCAAUUGGUGGUAAUGAGCGACGCACGCCAUUACCCACUCAGCUUCAGAGGCAGGACGAACGAAUUGGUACCAAUUUGCAGUCAAAUACGUUAGCUCCCGCUGCCACACACCGGCCGAGUCUGCCAGUUGCCAAACAAGCUGGGCCGGAGGGCAAUGAAAACACCACUGGACAACAGCAGCAGCAGCAGCAGCCGCAGCAAGAGCAGCCCGAUCCACGCAUCAUUGUUAUGCCGAUUUGCCCGGUACUGCAGAGCGAUGAGUAUAAGGCGGAUAUGGAGGCAGCAGCAGCGGCAUUGGCCAGCGAUGCUGGUGCAGUGCGUCCAUUGUCGGCCAGCGGACAUCCGGCAUGUCAGUUGUGCGGCGUGGGCAUUGUUGGUGUUUUCGUGCGCAUCAAGGACAAGAAUCUGCACGUUGAGUGCUUCAAGUGCGCCACCUGCGGCACUUCCCUAAAGAACCAGGGCUACUACAAUUUCAACAAUAAGCUCUAUUGCGACAUCCAUGCCAAAUUGGCAGCCCAGAACAAUCCCCCAGCCGGCACCGAGGGUUAUGUUCCAGUGCCCAUUAAGCCCAACACCAAGCUGAGUGCUAACACAAUUUCAUCGGCCUUGAACUCUCAUGGAUAUGGCAGCAAUGGCUAUGCCAAUGGCAAUUCAACGCCCACUCCAGCUCCUGUUUCGGCUCCUGUUGCAGCUGAUAACAAUAACACAAGCAACAGUAACAACAACAACAACGACAACAACAACAUCAUCACAAGUCAUUCAACUGACAAUAUGUCAUCAAAUUUGACUCUGGAUGAGCAAUCAUCAAUUUAUGGCCAAGCCCCUGUAGCCCCUCCCCUGGCAGGAUCUGCAAACACUGGGGAUCAACCAUUUGAAUAUGUCACCCUAACGGGCAAUGUGAUACGCAGUGUGCAGGCACCUGGCAAGGGAAGUGCUUCAGGAGCAGCCAACUACAAAGUCAAUCAGGGCUAUGCUCGUCCAUAUGGUGCUGCUGCUCCCAAAUCGCCGGUCUCCUAUCCACCGCAGCAACAGCAGCAAUCUCCUCGCCCGGCUCCCAUCCCAGCUGGCAAUCCUUAUGCCACUUUGCCCAGAUCGAAUGUGGGUCAACAAGAAACGGAGGAAGAGGAAGGCUUGCAGCCGCAAUAUGCUGAGGAAUGCUACGAGGAGGACAUUGAGGUGGCCAUGGCCGCCAGUCGCCGUUCGUUGCGCGGUUCUAGCUUUACCUGGCCGCCGCCUCAAGACGAUAGUCAUGCAGCUCCCACGGCAGCUCCACUCUAUAUAGCACCACCGGAAACUCAACAUAUUGUGGUGGCAAAUCCUGUACAAGAAGUACCACCAUUGCCACCGGGCAGUGCCACUGCGCGCCUCGAUCCACAGCCGCAGUGCCAACCACAUGCACAGGCGCAGAUACAGGCACAGAGUCAAGUGCCUCAGUGGCAAAGCUAUUCGGCUCCUCAGUUGACCAAUCAGAAUUUGCGGGUGACAGAGCAGGAAUCCAGUUCGGAUAGCUAUACCUCCACAUCGACCACCACAACGACUACGUCGGAGGAAUAUCAACGCAUGUAUGCCGCCCAAGUGCAGGCCUAUCAAAUGCAAGAGCAGUCGGGAUCCGAAUUCGACUAUCAAUUGGAUUACGGUAGCAUGCAGGAUGUACAGGAAUAUGCUUCGGGUCGGCGUAGUGCCCAAGAAUGUGUGGAUUCAUUAUCAGCCCCAUUGAGCACGUAUAAACUAAUUGAUUUGGUAAGGGAAGUGACACCCAGUCCUGUUCCCACACCAGUUCCAGCUCCACCCCCCAACGCUCGUCAUGUGGUCUUUAACGAUGAACCCGAGAUCAAGGAGCUUCCCAAGAUAGCCACUGAGCUGGAGACCAUACCCGAAUCCUCGGCCGAGGCGGAACUGAUGCUCACAGCAACCGAAGAGUUAGCUGAAGAGGAUCGUGAUGGCCUGAUCAUUGAGCAUCGAUGCCAGAUACUCGAGAGUGAGCGCAUGUUCCAGCCAACGCCAGAGAUUAAGUUUGAAAUUGCGCCAGUGCGCCAAAUUCCACCGACUAGGAUACCCAAUCCAAGUCCCAAAGAGUGGAUAAAUCCCAUGAUUCGUGUGCUGACCACAGCGCCAGAGGUGCCCUUUCAUUUGGUCGAAUGUCCCUUUCCCAAGCCCUGCGAUGAUGAAUUUGAGGCAAGGGCCGCUGAAGAAGAAGCCCUUCGUCCGGCUCCUGCUCCUGUUCCUGCUCCUGCUCCUGCUCCCCCUCCAGAACCUGUUUAUGAGGCGCCGCCAUUGUCUUUGCGUGAGUCACCGCCACGUGGCAGUCGUCUAAGUCAGGCUAUGGUCACAGCACCCGAGUUUGAAUUGCGCUUUGCCCCACCCGCCGAUCAAGGCAUACCCCUGCCCGAGGAGACAGAACCCUAUAUGCCGCCACCCAUCGACAUGAAACCCUAUAUGCGGGAGGAUUACCGACCAAAGUCACCAUUUGUCAGUGCUUUGACAACGGCACCCGAACGUCCUUUUGAAGGUCACUUUGAUCGGGAUGUACCUAUUCAUCUGAUUGACCUGCCUACACCCAAAGAGCACCUUAGCAUGGGCGACGCCCUAUGCAUUGCUCCCGAUCGCGGUUACACUCCUCUAAAUCCCGAGAAUGCCACCCAACGUGUCGAUGAGGAGCAAAAGCAAAAGGAAUUGAAAAAACAUGAAUUUCAGGUGCUCGAUCAUGAGGAGGAACUCGGUAUACGGCCGGAACCACCACAAUCUGUGGAAUACUAUAUCACGGAUCCAAAGCAGAAACGCAAGUCCUCGGCAUUUGCGGCCAUGCAAGCAUUCCAGCCGUCUCGUGAACCGCUAACCUCCUCUGCUUCCACAGCCCCAUCCACAUCGACAACACCGCGCGCUUCCAUUGCCUCCCUGUCCCGCGAACAGACCGACCUGGAAUACCAGAAAUACUGCAAGGCCCAAGAGCGUAAUCAGAAGCGUCUCGACUACUUCCAAAAGAAGGAAGAGGAGCUGCAGCGUUCAGCUCAGUCCCAGUCUCAGCAAGAGACUCAACAACAACAACAACAAAUCAUUGAACAAAACACACGCCGAGCGAGUGAAAUCUCUACCAAAGCAUCUGCUACCUUUAACUCCUCUUCCAUAGCCCAACAAUCCACCACCACUAAUGCCACCACCACCUCAGCUUAUGUAGCCCAGAGUUCGGCGAAAUCCUCCCAUACCUCCUCCGCUUACGGCCUGACUGCUUUAAAUACUACAGAGCUUAUCGAGGAGACGGCCGAUGAAUUGGAGCAUUCAGAGGUUCUCUUUCCGCCGCCAUCCCCGCUUAGCCAUCUCAAGCAAGGCAAACCCGUACAAUCCGGCCUUCACAAAGCGGACACCAUACCCAAAUAUCAGCGCAAUUGGACAGUGCUGCCCACCCAGAGUCCCAUACGCACCCCGGAGCCGCAGGAGUUGCGCGACAAUGUGCCACUGGCUUUUGUUGAUACACCCAAGGCCGAGACCAUUGCAAGCACAGGCACCACCUCUGCCGAUCCCAUUGUACAUAGACCCAUAGCACAGACAAAGGUCUCGUCUGUUAGUGCAGGAGCGGGACCAACGGCUGCGGCGGCGGCUGUUAGACCAUCGCCAUUGCCAUUGCCAAAGCCUUCGGUGCCCAUCAUAGUGGAGGAUCGUUCGGGUCCAGUAACUAUGGCUUUUCAAUCGCUAGAUGAAUACGAUCGUCCCGAUCAAUCGCAGACGCCGACUAGACCCUUCACACCGUCGCUAAUCAACAAGCCGGCUCCGAUAAUACCAUUCUAUCAGACGCCCGAGAAGUUGUGCUUCGAAGAGUGUGAGGCCACGCAUGCCCGUACCUAUGAGCAACAACUAUUAGCAGCAUCUCCUUUCCCAGAUCGCGUCCGUUCGCCGGCUCCGGGCCCACCACCGAAUCCCUUGUCAACCAUUCGUGCGCCACGCAUGAAGGAGCCAGAGUCCACACUGCUGGCAGUCGGAUCGGGGCCACGUCUACAAACUGGCUCCAUCACCACGGGACAGAGCUACCAGGGACAAUUGUUGGCCCACUCCGAGCAGAGCUCUCAAUCGGGCAGCCAGAGCUACAGUCAUCAGCCGGAGACACUUACAGAGCGUCGCAUUGGCAAUCUAAAUGUACAGCAACGUGAGCAAUCCUCACAGUUUCAACAGCAGCAACAAUCUCAAAUGCAAAGUCAGACCAAGACCCAAGUGGGCAAUACACAGAUUGAAAGACGCCGCAAGGUAACCGAAGAGUUUGAGCGUACCCAGAGUGCCAAGACAAUUGAGAUACGCACGGGAUCCCAAACUCAAACGGUUAGUCAAUCAGGACAAUCGGAAUCCACGGAACGUCGUUCGUCCUACGGCAAGACCGGAUAUGUAGCCAAUCAGGCCAGACGGCUCUCGGGUUUGGAACAGGUAAUUUCAAGUCUGACCAGUCAAUCACAAUCGAUAAGUGCUCGCGCCUCGGCCAUGGCCGAAAGCAAUUUCCCUCAAUUACGUUCACCGACUUUCGAUAGCAAAUUUCCCCUUAAACCGGCCACCGCAGAGUCCAUAGUGCCUGGCUAUGCUCCUGUGGGAGCUGGCGCCGCCAACAAGCUACUCGGACCGCCGCCCGGUUUCCUUCAACAGCAACAGCAACAGCUACAACAACAACAACAACAGCAACAGCAGCAAAAGUCUGCCUUUCAAUCGACCUCCUCGCUAACAUCAACAUCUGCCAUAGCCACAUCAUCGUCAUCAAGAUCAGCGGCAGCGUCAUCAUCGAUUCUAACCAAAGCUUCUGCUAUUACUACCACAACUAAUAAUCAGGCGUGCUCAGCUUUUAGAAGCAAUAGCAUCACUGGCAAUAACAACAACAACAAACCUAAUCUGGCCAAUCGGCCAUCCAUCGCUUCCAUCACAGCUCCAGCUCCAGCUCCAGCUCCAGGUCCAACUGUAGCGCCAGUGACCAAGUCUAUAAUAGCUGCUGCAACUGCCACGCCGCCAUCAACAUCAUCAACAGCUCCAGCUGUUUUUCCGCCAAAUCUAAGCGAUUUGAAUUUGAAUUCUAACGUAACCGAUACUUCUGUAGGUGGUGGUAAAAAUGGAGCCUUUGGUGCCACCUCGGCUCCCAAGCGCGGACGUGGUAUUCUCAACAAGGCAGCCGGACCCGGAGUGCGUAUCCCCUUGUGUAAUAGCUGCAAUGUGCAGAUCAGGGGCCCCUUCAUUACGGCCUUGGGUCGCAUCUGGUGCCCAGAUCAUUUCAUUUGCGUGAACGGCAACUGCCGUCGUCCUUUGCAGGACAUCGGAUUUGUUGAGGAGAAGGGCGAUCUCUAUUGCGAAUAUUGUUUCGAAAAGUAUCUGGCCCCACAAUGCAGCAAGUGUGCGGGCAAGAUCAAGGGCGAUUGCCUGAAUGCCAUUGGCAAGCAUUUCCAUCCGGAAUGCUUCACUUGCGGCCAAUGCGGCAAGAUCUUUGGCAAUAGGCCAUUCUUCCUCGAAGAUGGCAAUGCGUACUGUGAGGCCGAUUGGAAUGAGCUCUUCACCACCAAAUGCUUUGCUUGCGGUUUCCCCGUUGAAGCCGGCGAUAGAUGGGUUGAGGCCUUGAACCACAAUUAUCAUAGCCAAUGCUUCAAUUGCACUUUCUGCAAACAGAAUUUGGAGGGUCAGAGCUUCUACAACAAGGGCGGACGUCCUUUCUGCAAGAAUCAUGCGCGUUAAGAGCCCACACCAAGAAACUAUCGUCCUACAGACCCUCCUCAACCCCCCUCCGAAAACACAAACAUCCGACCAUGUUCGACUUCAGGGAUCACGCACACUAAUCUACCAAGCAAACAAACAAGCAAUCAAUCAAUCAAUCAAUCAAUCAAAUCAACAGCAAC